CUUUCAGCUGUUUCGCGUUGUCAAUUUUCUAUUCAUGCAGAAGAGAGGCUCAGAAAAACCUACCAAAAACCUAUUUUAAUCGGCUCUCAGUCAUAGAUAAAAAGCAUAGGAGCUAGGAAAAAAUAUGUGGUGCUUUGUAUCAGAGCCCAAUGGCAUUAUCCAUGAAAUAUUUUUGCCUAGAAACUCGGUAGGACAAGAGUGCUUUGAUAAGGUUUGCGAAAAACUUCGCCUUGUUGAGAAAGAUUAUUUUGGUUUGCAGUACAAUGGGCCAAACGGUGUUCGUCUUUGGCUCAACAUGAGAAAUGCAAUGUCUGUACAACUAAGCGGAAAACCUCCAUACAGACUUUAUCUUCUCGUGAAAUUUUUCGUUAAGCCUCAAGAACUACAGCAAGAAAUAUCGAGAAAUUUGUUUUACUUAACUCUAAAGACCUUUGUCAGCCAUGGAAAGAUAGACUUGUCAAACUCACAAACCAAAACAAUUGCAAGACUUUGCGCUCUCACUGCUCAAAUUGAUUCUGGAGAUUUCAUCCCAGAAAAACCGCCGCAAUAUUCAACAUUUAUUCCCAAAGCUCUCUACAAUUUUUAUAGCAAAACUUCGGAUUUACAAAAAGAUGCUGCUUCUGAACAUACUCAAUUAUUACGCACUCCUGUGAAUGAAGCGAAAGUAGAAUAUCUGCAUUUGUUGGCUAAUGUUCCUGGAUACGGAAUUGAUGUUUUUAAAGGAAAAAUGUCUAAAGAAAAAUGCACAAAAAAGGUCGAAAUCUGUGUUGGAAAUGACGGAGUUAAAGUCUACAGCGUCUCUCAAGAAUACGACGCCAAACAAAGCAGAGAAAUUGUCAAAAAAAUCGUCGAAAAAAGGAUAAACUUCGAGGAUGUUUCAACAGUGUCUUACAACAACAGAUGUUUCACAGUCGUUCACGGUAGUGGAACCCAGGCCCAGCGSGUCACCUACAAACUCAAGAGCGAAUGUGACGCCGUCGCUUUGUUUCGAACAUUCACAGAAUUCCACACGUUUUACCAGUGUAAUACGGUGAAGCGGUCUGUGGUAGACCAAUGCACGCGAACACUUUUGGGACGACUUGUUUCAGUCGUUUUUCCSUCGAAUGACUUCGGUAAGACUUACCUGUUUGAUGUACAGCGGACUCGUCGACAGGCCUACAGUCAUGCGUGGAAUGAAAUGAACAGCUAUCGAAAUACCAACAUGUCACGUGUUACGGCCGGCAAUAGCCGAAGUGGCUACUCGGUUUCCGAAUUCCGGCCCGUACAAUCUCCGCUCAGUCGUCGGAAAUGUUCGGGCUCGCGGCAAAAGGAUUUGGCUGAAUUUGAGGAGCAAAACCUCACGGAUUUGGAUAUCGAGGCAAUGCAGCCAGAAGAACUAAAGAAAAUGGUUCGACACAUGCAAGACGCUCGGAUUUGCCAGAUUUGUAUGGAUGCGGAAGUGGCGACGGCCUUUUGUCCGUGUGGUCACGUGGUUUGCUGUGUGGAAUGUUCGGCAAUGUGCAAGGAAUGUCCUUUAUGUCGUAGCCAAAUAACUUACGCCCAACGAGUCUUCUUUCCUUGCCAAUGACAGCAAGCGAUUUUAUAUUUAUUAUAACUAAAACCAAUUCACGUGAUUCUAGUAACUCWAGAAAAUAAACUUGGAAAAAUUAUUUAUUGAUCUACACUAAUUACCCCGAAAAUGACAAUCAAAACACAAAGACAAAAUUAUUUAUACGAGGAAAAUAAAACUAUUGUCAACAUUUGUAUUUAAUAUCUCCCUGAGAAGCUUCAGCUUACGUUAUAGUUAGCUAUGAACUGAAAAAUAAUAUCUUGUUAUUUAAAAUUUGAGAGAACAAGGGUUUGUCCAUGUGUGUUUGUCUAUUUUUCAUYGUGUAAGAAUGACUUGAUAGUAUGUCUAUCAAACAUUUGACUUACUAGCUUAUGUUCCUGUGUAUUUGUUGUCCGUUUAUAGUAUCAAGACUAGAUUCCCAUGAGCUCUUCGAAUCAAAGAAAUAAGACGAAAUUUUCCUUAAAAUUGAAGCUACUUUUAAUUUAUCUUUACAAUAUACUUUUUAAUCAAUGUAACUUAUAUUUAAGACACUAGAAAAUCAAUUUGUCAUCGUAAUAUUGGUAGAAUAGUUGAUAAAUGUUGUACAUUAAUUCUAAGUCUAGAAAGAAUUUAGAUUGCAAAACAUAAAAUAUCAGAAUUUUAUCAUGA